UAAUUCGGAUUUUUUUGGACCCUAACUUCUGAUCCUUCAACUUCUGAACAUUACUUUAAAGCUCUCAGCAUAACCUAGAUUCCUCCAAUUAGGGAAAGUUUAAGGUAUUAGAUUUUGCAGCAAAGAAAUCCAGCGAUGAGUCGUGGAAAUUACAAGAACCCGUGUUUGACUAUGCAUCAGCCAUGGGCUUCGCUUCUAGUCCAUGGUAUUAAGCGCAUCGAAGGCAGGUCCUGGCCUGCGCCGAUUCGAGGUCGUCUAUGGAUUCAUGCUGCUAGUAAAGUUCCUGAUGAAGCUACAAUCAAAGCAAUGGAAGCGUUUUAUCAAGAAAUUUACACUCUUGACGGGAUCACCGAUAUUCAAUUUCCCCAGCAUUACCCAGUUUCAAGAUUAAUAGGAUGUGUGGAUGUUGUUGGCUGUGUCAGCUGCGAUGAACUUAAGAACUGGGACGCUUUAUCUCAAGGGGUGAGGCUUGAAGGACAAACCGAUUUUUGUUGGCUAUGUGAGAAGCCACAGAAACUGAUUAUUCCGUUUGAGAUGCGCGGCUACCAGGGAGUUUAUAACUUAGAAAAUAAGAUUCAUGCCGCGGCAGCGAGAGGUCUUACGCAUUCCCAAACUCCUUUUGCGGUGAAAUUCCCGCUUCCAGACCCAACAUGCACCUUUUCUUUAAAACCGGGUUCUGUUUCCUCUACAACACAAUUGAAGAAAAGACUUAACACAGAACAGCUUCACAGUCUCACAGCUGCAAUUGCGGGCGCACGAGCAGCGGCUACACAAUUUUCUAACAAGGGAGAAUGUCCCCGAACCGAUGAUACCAGUGACUACAUAACUAAAAGCCAGAGCAUAGCUACUGAAGACGAUGCAGAGUCUCUAUAUAACCCGGUUGAUGGUUCUGACCAUACCACAAAUAUGGAAGAAGGAUGUAGCAGAAACUGCAACAAAGUGGAAGAUCACACAAAAUCGACAGUGAACUACAGUGUAGAAUAUAGUAAAAGAAGUGUAGCCACAAGGAGAGCUGACAGGAACACGAGUGUUGGUGAAAGAAGGUUUGAUCCUGGAACUGCCCGGAUUAUGGCUGCUGCAAUAAGAAACCUGAAGCCAUCAUCUUAGGGUCUCCGGGUGCUGCUACUGGUUACGAGAGUUUGCGGAUUAGCGGAUGCAGAUGGUUUUAGUUUUAAGCGUUAUUAGACUUUGAUCUGCGCUUUAAAAGGCGGGACUAUUUUUUGUUAACACACUUAUUAACUCGUAUGUUUGUUUAAUAUGUUCAAGCCUCGGAAUGUGGUUUAGUUUCAACUU